UGAUCUCAAACGAGAACUGAAGUAAACAGACGUUGCACAUGGUUAUUGUCGGCUGCUACUAGAAGAGUCCGUUCACGAUGUUACAACCGAUUAUGCACGUUUUGAACGUUCAAAGGAUUAUUCUCGCAUCAGGAUCCCCUCGGAGGAAGCAGAUCUUACAAAAUAUUGGGUUACAAUUUGAAGCCGUGCCUUCAACAUUUGAAGAGGAUCUGGAUAAAAGUUUGUUUCCACACCCAAGUGAUUAUGUCAAAGAGAAUGCAAGAAUUAAAGCACUGGACGUUGCAAACAGGUUGGCUGGUGAUAAGAUUGUUCCAGACCUGGUGAUUGGAGCUGACACUGUUGUUUCCAUGGACAACACAAUUUAUGAGAAGCCUAAAAGUCGUGAUGAUGCUUUCAAGAUGAUAACAAGCCUCAGUGGGCGACCUCACACUGUCUACUCUGGAAUUGCUCUUGUGUCGCCUUCACAGUCUUCAGUAAUUACAAGUGGUGAGUUAACGAAGGAUGGCAAGUUCAGACUGACCCUGUUCCAUGAAGGCACCGAUGUGAUGAUGACUGACAUGAGUGAAGAGGUUGUCAGGAUGUACAUUGAGACCGGAGAACCAAUGGACAAGGCUGGAGGGUACGGAAUCCAGGCUAUUGGUGGAACACUGGUGGAGGGCAUCAGAGGAGACUACUUUAAUGUCAUGGGCUUCCCACUACACAGAUUCUCUCGAACUCUAGCAAAUCUUUAUCAGUCUCAACCCUCACAGACUUGACACUGGUAGAUUACGGGUGUUGGCGAUCAUGUAACAGAAGGAUUUCAUGGAACACAUUUCAUAUACACUGUUAGGGAUGAAAUUACACAUAUUGACAUCGUUCUGCUCUUGCUGCUCAUGCACACGUGUUCAUCAAGGACUUUGGGGGAUAAAAAUCUGCAUUUCUUAACUCCAAACUUGAAAAGUUUGAACCACAUGUUGGGAUCUGAUUAUUUAAAAUUGCAUAUCAAUGAAUGUGUUAAAGUAUAGCCAAGAAGGCUUGUGAAUUUGAAAACUAUGCAUCAUUGUAUUGGAGAUAUGCCGUAUUUAAUGAACAAAUGUUCAAAGUUUGCUUGUAACUUAGCACACACGCACUCAUAUUUGCUUCUGAAUCAGUCAGUGUUAUACAUACAUGUUGUUUUAGCAGAGAGGCUUCACUUGAUUUACAAAAGUGCAAGACUCUAAUGAAUUGGUAUGAUUUUACACUUUGUAAAUCUGUGCAUGUCAUUACUGAUUAAAUAUUGGUAUUACUUUCUGUACCAGUAAAUAAAGUAUUUU